AUGACCUCCCAACCGUCGUUCCAGAUCAUUUCGUCCCUCCGCUACGAUCCGGCAUUGCCAUAUGUGGCCCGGGAAGGUACCAAGUCGUCGUUCGACCUGUUCCAGACGCCUUACUAUCUCCUCCCAUACCAUCGCGAUCGACUCCUCCACGCAGCUCAAUGCUUCCAAUGGACCAAGGCCGAGGAGUUCCUACAACAGAACUUGGGCUCCUUUGUGCAGUUUCUCGAUCGCUUUAUUGCCGAUAAAAGCAAACCAUGGCGUCUCCGGAUCGUGGUCGACCGCAGUGGAGCCUGUACGGUGGACGUCAACCCCACGGCUGCCAUUGACCCUCUCAGUCUUCUGAUUCCGUUGCCCUCCACCUCUCCGUCCACCGUGUGGCACGUCUAUGUAGACCGAGAGCCCACGGACCCAUCCCUGUUCACGACCCAUAAAACCACGGCGCGAGAGGUCUACUCCGCGGCGCGACUUCGAGCCGGCAUCAUGUCGCCCCAGGAGACAGCAGAAGUCCUUCUCGUCAACCCCAAGGGCGAGGUGAUGGAAGGGAGCAUCACGACAGUCUAUUUUCGACGACGGCAGCCGUGCGAUGGUCCCGCUUGGAUCACCCCGCCUCUCGCCUGCGGCGGCAACGCGGGCACCACCCGACGUAUGAAGUUCUUCGAGAAUGUGUUCACCUACGACUAUUCCUUCCCGGCCGUCUCGUUGGCCUACUUCUUGCGCUAUCCGAACCCCUACUCUCGCCACGUCUUAACCACCGAUGUUAUCGAUCGCUAUGUCGACCCCGGUACCCAACGCCUUCAUACUAUUCGUCUGCAUCUGAAGAAAUCCAAGGUGCCGUCGGGAAUCUUGAAAUUGCUGCCCAAGGGCAUCGGUGGCGCGGAUAAGUCCGGCCAGAGCUACAUCCUCGAGACCACCGUGGUGGACGCCAAGGAGGGCUGGAUGCGCACCGAAUCGCGCAAUAUGGAGUGGACCGGCAUUCUCAGCGUGGUGGAACGACAGGUUUACCAGCGACUACCCGUUGAGGGCGCCCUCGACCGCCUCGAGGGCCUGGCCCUCGACAGCAAGAAGAGCGAGCAGACGACGGUCCAGACGACCGUCACCUUUCGCUCCCGGCUGGGACAGGGGAAACUACUGCCCAGCCUGAGGAAGACCGACCGGGUGGAUCACGCGGCGGACGAAGAGGAAGCCCCGCCGAAGGGAUUCUUCUCCUCCCUGUCUACGGCGGGCCUCCAGCGGACCAUUGAGCUCAUUGGCGUGAGUCGCACCCGGGAUGCGAUCCUGAAGAGCAAGCAGGGGAUGAACGUGGUCCUGGAGCGACUCCGCAAUGGUGGGAUUGUCGAGGUGCUCGAAGGCAUGCGCCAGGAUCGGGAGGCUGUGGACGGGCCCUGGAAGCGCGUGUGGCUCCGAGGUAACAACAACGACCUCGGGAGUGGGGACGACGAUCGCCAUUGA